AUGGACAGCACAUUCGGUCCUCGGCUGUUGGGCCAUUUCGAUUUCACGCUUCUCUUUGAGCAUACCAUAUUUGAAAUCGUGCCCUCCUUGAUUCUCAUAUUCACUUUGCCCUUCUACGUGCACAAGAUCCUUACUUGCCAGCGCCUUGUGCGACCGGGCUGGCUUCUAUGGGCCAAGGCUACAGUUGCAGUUGGCAUGGCUGCUGUCCAACUAGCAAGCGUGAUAUUUUGGUUCAAAUCCCCCUUGGACUCGAGGGUCGCAGAAGCAGCCGCCAUCCUUUACUUUCUAGGCUCCAUUGGAGUUGUCAUCAUUACCUACGCCUCUCAUGCGUAUUUCCUUCAACCUGUCAUUUUUCUUGCUUCGUACCUGAAUGUGACGCUACUACUCGAUUUAGCAACCAUCUACACGUACUAUCACAGGACGGGUUUAGACACAAUUGCUUGUCUCACUUGCUUCCUCCCGGCCCUCAAAUUUCUUCUGCUCGUCUUGGAGGAAACCCCAAAGCGAUCCCUCAUUAUCGCCGAGAAUCGAAACCUGCUCGGUCGCGAAAUUACAGCAGGCUUCUGGAACAGAGCUACGUUUUUCUGGAUAAAUCCACUUCUUCUCUUCGGCUUUCGCCAUAUCAUCCAUAAUGGUGACUUGUCUGAUAUUGGAGAGCAAUUCGACUCAAAGCAUUUAUACCAGAAGCUGAAAGUAUCUUGGGAGAAGCAAAACCAAACUUCGAAGCAUGCUCUUCUCCGAGCUCUUAUUUUCUCUAUGCCGUGGCCUUUCAUUUUCGUUAUGCUUCCACGUCUCUUUCUUGUCGGCUUCAUCUUUGCCCAACCGUUUCUCUUGCAAGAUGUAGUCAGCUAUUCCUCGAGCGAGAUGACGCAGCCUGAUCACAUAUCGAAGGAGCAAGAAGCAACAUCGCUUGUUCUGGCGGCCGCACUCAUCUUCUGCGGCAAAGCAAUAUCAAGAACGUGGUUCAGUCACAUCAAAAACCAAAUCAUGGUCUGCAUUCGAGGAGCUCUGGCAUCAGCGGUAUAUGACAAAUCUCUUCGGUUGGGCGUAGCAGAAUCCGAAGAUUCUGCCACGGUCACAUUGAUAACCACUGAUAUUCCUGCCAUUGAAGCAGUCAUCUCACUGUUGUAUGAUGUCGUGGCCAUGAUCCUUGAGGUGGCUUUCGGCACCGCAGUACUUACUCUGUUUGUCGGUGCCGCUAGUGCUCUGGCCGUUCUAUGCACCCUUAUCGCGACCAUACUAUCCAGGCGGAUAGCCAAGCAAAUAAGCCUCACACGGAAGACAUGGAAUGAACGUAUCCACGAUCGCGUGGCUGCUACAUCCAAUAUACUGGCGCAGAUAAAGGACAUCAAAAUGACAGGCCUCGCACCAUCCAUGGGAAAGUAUCUGAAAAGCCUGAGAGCGAAAGAAAUAGAGGCAUCUCUGCACACCAGACAAGCAAACUGUAUCUCAUUUGGCCUCGGCGCAUUUGCGGACGCUAUGACGCCAGCUGCUGUUGUAGCUGGGGGUUUGUUUUGGACCAAGACCUUAGAGACUACGUCAACGGCUCGCUUCUAUGCCAUUCUUGCCGUGGUGACACUGCUCACUGAUCCUCUUACGAAUUUCAUUAUAUUGCUUCCGGGAUGGUCUGCUAGCUUUGCAUGCCUUUCUCGUAUCCAAAGCUACCUUACGCAAGAAGAGUUGCAAGACCCUCGACGUACCCGUGCAUCCGUUCACCAAGGUUCCCGUUGCUCCUCAAAUUCGAGAUCCGCGCGGCCACGGGAGGAUCUCAUCCACCUUCAAGGUGUCAAUGUCACACUGGACCUCACUGGCACUAUUUUGCGCAAUGCCUCAGUUGUUAUACGAUCUGGUGAGAUCACCAUGAUUGACGGCACUGUUGGAUGUGGCAAGUCGACACUGUUAAAUGUGAUGCUUGGCGAAAUGCCGUUGAGAAACGGUACUGCAACGCUCUCAACACGCUCGAUUGCCUUCGCGGGGCAGAAACACUGGCUACUGAACACGACAAUUCGUCUCAACAUCAUUGGACAUAAAGCCUAUGAUGCGGUUCUUUAUACACGGGUUGUACAUAUUUGCGACCUGGGUAUUGAUUUCGAGCAACUCCCCGACGGGGACGAAACUGUGGUUGGCAGUGGAGGUUGUCAGCUCAGUGGUGGGCAGAAACAAAGAAUUUCUAUUGCCCGUGCCCUGUACGUCGAAGCAAUCGUGACGAUAUUGGACGAUCCAUUCAGCUCGCUGGAUCUGGAGACCGCCUCAGUGAUUCGCCUCCGGCUCUUUGUGGACGGGCACGCCACACUCGAUGGAAGAUCGUUGGUUAUGACCACAAGCAUGAAGCAGCAUCUAGUGGACGCCAAUACUAUCUAUCGCGUUCAAUCUAAUGGCUUUGUCGUGCAACUAACGCAAGAACAGGUAGACGCGGAGCUAGAAGAGCUGGCGAGAAACCAUCGAGCUGGAGUGGUCUCUUCCGCUGAAACCGAUGCAAUUUCUGUGGCGUCUGUUGAACCACCUGAAGUCGUGUCGGCUACUGGCAAUGACGCUGACAAUCAGCAAGAAGGUACAUCCAAGAAAUACAGCAGUUUCUCUGUUUAUAAGUAUUUCCUGCAACCGGCAGGCAUUGUCGCUGUUAUCAUUUGGUUGGUACUCAACGGCUUCGCCUCGGCCUCCGAAACAAUGCCGAAUGUUUAUAUUCGGAUAUGGCUUGAGACAAAUCCCACUGACUAUCGGUACUACAUUGGGUAUGCGCUGGUUUGUCUUGCACACCCGAUACUUAAUGUUGCGAAUGCUGCGUUUUUUUUCUGGUUUAUCAACACCCCAACGAUCACUAAGUUGCACGACAAUCUUGUCGAUGCUACCUUGGGGGCGACUUUCACGUUCCUCGCAGAGGAAGACAUCGGGUCUAUCUUGAAUAGAUUUAGUUCCGACAUGAAUUUGGCAACACAGAGAAUCCCGGGCCUGAUUCUGCCUACUGUAUGGCGCGCUUACACAGUUGUGAUGGAUAUUGCCAUUAUCAGCUCUGGAGCUUCUUAUGCAGCACCGAUUAUCCCAUUCUUCAGCUUGCUCAUUAUUGCCGUUCAGCAAUUUUACUUGUCAACAUCUCGACAGCUUCGCGCUUUAGAACUCGACACCACGAAAAUAUUAGUUCGUCACCUUAUUGAGAGCGCCGCCGGCAUCACGCAUAUCCGUGCGUUCUGCUGGCAAGGGGAGGUUAUGAAUGAGUUCUUCGCUUUGUUGGACAUUGCACAACGACCGUUCUACCUACUAUACUGCGUCCAGCAAUGGCUUGAGUGUGUACUCGACCUCUCCACUGCUGGCGCGGCGAUUCUUGUAGUCACGUUCGCGGUGAAAUUCUCGAACACAGCCUCGGCCAACUCUAUGGGCUUAGCAUUUCUCAGCCUGAUUGGAUUCAGCAACACUGUUGGGGAAUGGGUGAAAUCGUCUGUGGCUAUGGAGACAGCCUUCGGGGCUGUUGCACGCAUUCGCGCUUACUCCGAAGCAGCUCCCAAGGAGAAAUAUAAAGAUGACAAGGGGCCGGUGUCCGCAAGUUGGCCUCCCCAAGGUGUUUUAGAGCUAAAUUGUGUGUCCGCAGUUUAUGGAAACCAAGAGCCAACCCAAGCUGCUCAGAUCGACAAUCUCACUGUCACUAUUCAGCCUGGUCUGGGCGGACUUGGUAUUACUGGUCGAACUGGAAGUGGCAAGACGACAAUAUUACUGAGCGUUCUCAAUCUGAUCAACUACAAGGGAACAAUUUGCAUUGACAACCGCGAAAUUCGCACAGUCUGCCCGGACUUCCUACGUUCACAGGUUACCACUAUCACGCAGGGUGGUAUAUACUUGCUCGGUUCGGUGAAAUUCAAUCUCGACCCAUUCGACGCUUCGCUGCGCCCGCCUACGUGCAUUGUAACCAAUGCUAUGUGUGAGGCUAUGCUGCACAGGGUUGGGCUCUGGGGUAUCAUUAGCGCACGUGGAGGCUUGACAGCUCGGAUGAAAGAUAUGAGGCUUUCGGGGGGGCAGCGUCAGCUGUUUCAGUUUGCGCGCGCCAUGUUGCACCAUCAAACAAUGAGAACAAAGAUUGUUUUGAUGGACGAGCCAACAUCGAGCCUGGAUGAGGAGACAGAAGCUCGGAUCGUCACCAUCCUUAGCACCGCAUUUGCUGGAUGUACUAAAGUGGUCAUUUCUCACCGAGCAACAGCUCUGAAUAGCACCGAUUCUAUCAUAAAGAUGAACGCGGGCCGAGCCCAGCUCGUCAGGUAG